UAGUAUGGAUCAUUUCGGAUGUCGCAAACAUUCUCUUAAUCAACAUUCAUUCUGAUUGCUCUCUUAAAUUGGAAGAAACAUGAUGAAGAAGGUGUUGAUUGGACUUUUGUGUGGUGCAGCCGUGCUGACCGCCGGUAUCCUGAUUGGACACUACGGCAUCGAGAAGAGCAGCAGCUCCACGGCAUCCUGGGUGAAGGAUGUGGCCAAAGAUGUGGAUGAGAAGAUGGUGGAGGAGUUCUUGUCUGAGGUGGACAACAGCCACAUUCAGGAGAACCUUAGGGAGUUGACUAAAGUGCCUCACAUGGCCACCACAGCUGGAGAUGAGCAAACAGUCCAGUUGAUGCUGAAAAGAUGGCAAGAUCCUGAAAGUGGUUUGGACCAGGCCUGGAGAGAGGAAUACUUGGUAUAUCUGUCCUUCCCUGAUCCCAACAGGCCCAAUAAGGUCACUGUGGUGAACGCCUCCAAUCAUACCCUGCACACAGUCAGAGAGAAAGAGAAGGCUUACACUUCGGACCAAAAUGAUCCUGCUGUUGUUCAACCUUACGCUGCUUACUCUCCUGCUGGUCACCCUCAGGGGAAACUGGUGUACGCUAACUAUGGGAGAGUAGGUGACUACAAGCUACUGAACCAGACACUGGACCUCCGAGGCACCAUCGCCAUCACAAGAUAUGGUGGAGCGGGAAGGGCAGCCAAAGCCAUCAAUGCAGCCCCUUAUGGUGUCAUUGGUGUGCUUGUCUACACGGACCCCUGGGACAUUAAUGAUGGUCUCACGUCAGACACCAAUGAGACAUAUCCACAUUCCUGGUACAUGCCGCCUUCCGGUGUGGAGAGAGGCUCGUUUAAUUCUCACUACGGAGACCUGCUGACUCCCUAUUUUGCCGCCAAAGAGGAUACAUACAGAAUUCCAGUGGAGAACAUUACAGGGAUCCCUCCCAUUCCUAUUCAACCAAUUGGCUUUGAGGAUGCCUACAUAUUAAUCUGUGAGCUGGAUGGAGCAGCGGCUCCACAAGCAUGGCAGGGAAGUUUUAACUGCACCUACAACCUCGGUGGUCCAGGCUUUAGACCCACUUCUGCUUUCAUCAACAGUGAUGUCAAGUUGGACAUCUUCAACUAUGAGGAGGUGAAAAACUCCUCCAAUGUGAUGGGAGUCAUCAGAGGCAGUGUGGAGCCUGACAGAUACGUGAUCUAUGGAAACCACAGAGACAGCUGGGUUCACGGCGCCAUCGACCCAAGCAGCGGGACGUCCGUCAUGCUGGAACUAACACGGGUUCUUGGCAAGAGGGUCAAGCAAGGUAAAUGGAGGCCUCGCAGGUCAAUUAUAUUUGGAAGCUGGGGAGCGGAGGAGUUCGGCCUCAUUGGGUCGGCAGAAUACACAGAGCAAUACUUCACCAAGCUCAGUGAACGCACCGUGGCUUACAUCAACGUGGAUAUAUCUGUUUUUGCCAAUGCAUCUCUCCGAGCGUCGGGAAUGCCAUCAUUACAGAACGUCAUCUUCACAGCUGCUAAACAGGUAAAGGCUCCGGAACAGGACUCAAUGUCGGUGUAUGAUAAGUGGAUCCAGUAUUCUAACAGAACCAGCCCAGUCUAUGGACCUAUUCCUUGGAUGGGAUACUUGACAGGAGCUGGGAGUGAUUAUGCCCCCUUUCUCCAUCACUUGGGAAUCACUUCCGUGGACCUUUCAUACACUUAUGACAGGACUAAAACAAACGCCAGGAUUUAUCCGGCGUACCACACAGCGUACGACACCUACGACUACGCUUCGAGAUUCAUCGACCCAGGGUUCUACACACACCAGGCCGUUGCCAGGACUGCAGGGAGCAUCCUGGUUCGACUGGCUGACAGUCUGGUGUUGCCUUUGAACUGCAGCGACUAUGCUGAGAGUCUGGAGGACUACCUCGACUUAGCGCUGAGACUCUAUGAAGAGGAACUCCUCGCUAAGAAUAUCUCCAUGGAACCACUAAAGCGAGCAGUGGCCAGCUUCCGCAGUGCUGCUACCCAUUUAGAUGAAGUCAUUGGAAACUCAGAUUUGGCAAAUGAAACGCCACUGAAAGUGCGGAUGAUCAAUGAUCAGCUUAUGCUGCUGGACCGGGCUUUCUUGAACCCUCUGGCCUUCCCAAAUAAAUAUGGAUACAGACAUGUUAUCUGGGCCUCAAGCGACACCGGCGUAAGGACCUUCCCCGGUUUAAGUGACGCCUGCUCCAGAGCUAUGUCGUCGGGAAAACCUAACGCCUGGGCUAAAGUACGUUACCACGUGUCAGUCGUCAGCCAGGCCGUAGAGGGCGCCGCACACAUGCUGCUCGACGUUGUAUAGACGAAGAAGGAACAAAUGCCAUGUGGCAAAUGCACAUUCUGUGUGAUUUGUUUAUUUUUCCAUUGAAUUCCAUAAUUAUAUUUCAGGGUUUUAACCUUUUGAGGUCCUUAAUGCGAGCGGCAACUUUGUCCUUGAACGCACCAUCUAACUUUCUCCCCGGCUGCACAGAUAGACUACUAUACUGUCUUUUUCCCGUUUUUCUUUCACCUCAUAUUUGGUCCCAAAUGCUGAUACUCAGUGAGAAUGCAUGAAGGUAAAGUAGGUAAAGGUAAGGUAAAGUGCAUAUUUGUUCGGUCCACCUCUCUGAAAAACAACCUCCCGGCUCAUACUGGUGGAUGGUGGGGUUGUACUCAUGUAGUGCUUUUAAUUUGGUGUUGUUCCGGUUUUACUUUUACACAGUGCAUAAUAAAUAAGAUAAAUUAGAUCGCUAUAAUGUCCGUAUGGUAUGUUUUGCUGAUGUGUUGAUCUUACCCGGUGACUAGCUAGCGCACUGUUAAUGCUAUUUAGAUCCAUUCUCGUCUUCAGUCAUGUUAAGCUACGGAGCAUGUGCGACAAUCGUUUUGCCUGCGGCCCAGGCUCUCACAUUGUUUAAGAGACGGACUGUCAACCGGUUGUUAGUCUUGCGAUACCCGGUGCAUGUCGCUGCAAUUGAUUAAUCUAAGGAUGGAUGGCUGAUUCUUAUCGAUUUCAGGAGGCUGCUACGGAUGCAGCCACAUCUCUGGUUUGACAAACCGGAUAUCCGGUCGCGUCAGUUUAUCGUUCACAACCAGUAAAGGGUGUGAAAUUUUGCUUCAUGCUUUGAAUGGGGAAAAGGUAGUGCCAUCUGGUGGACAGAUAGUCAUUGUUUAUCACGGUUAAUUGGUUCCAGACCUGUCCGCCAUAAGUGAAUUUCUGCAAAGUAGGAUUCAAUAUUAAUACAUGGAAUAUUUUCAUAGUUAGAGCAUAGAACACCUGUUUAUGACUUUCUAAAUACAAUCUUUACAGGUUACAAAAUCAAUCACUGCAGGGACACAGGAGACGGCCAAGCUUUAACCACUCGCAAGCUAGCUUCCCAUGUAUUUACUGUAGAAGGAGGACAAAGAAGCCCAAAACUUACCACUUCCACACGGAAUGGGAGGAGAACUUAUUUUCCUCUCUAUUUUGUUGGACAUGCCAUGGCUGACUCCAUGCAGUGUGAUGGUAACCUAAUGUUAUGUCUCAAUAAUGGAACACCUAGUGGCCAGAAUACUACACAUGACUUGUCCAAUAUUUUUCUUUUUUUUACUAAUACGCCAGUCAACCACGAAACAGCAAUCAUUUAUUAAUUUUUGAAAAAACGCAGUAUUGCGAGGGACGAAUGUAUAAACGUCAAAGGUCAGUAGUCCAAAUUGAAAACUAAAAUAACUCAUUGCCUUAGUUUAUGUUCAGAUAAACGUGGGAACAAAUGUUUUUUAAUGGAACAUCGAUCGUCAUUAAGAACAAAUAUGUCAUUUUUUUGUGUAGCUUUGCCACUUUAGCAACCGAGAUGAACAAUUCAAAAAUGUUUUAAAAAUGAGUAUCCUACUGGAUAUCCAUCCAUUCAUCACAGCCAAAAUGAACUGAAUAGGACACAAAAAUAAUCAGACAAUAUUUCUUCAAACAAAAAGGCUCAACAAAAAGGUAUUUCUUGCCAGUCGCAAAGUUUAUUAUUAUUUACAUAGACUUUUCCCCUGUCAUUAAAUACCCCAUCAUCCUUCCCUCCCCACCAUCACAACCUCCCCUCCCUCCCAAUUUCCUCCCCCUCUCAAGUCACCAAUAACAGGAGAGAAAGGUCGUCGGGCAGAAAAAAAACACACACUACUUACUUUGUGCAGCAUAUUGCUUCUUAAGACAUUUGCGAAAAAA